AAGAAAGACCAACAAUGAUGAGAACUAGAAUGAAGUUGUCUUUAAAUGGAUAAAGGGGGAGAGGAAGAGAAUCUUCAAAUGAUAAUAAAGCAGCCUCCAUCAUUAAGGGAGCCAUAUAAACUUUAGAUAAAUAAAAUGAAACUAACCAAGAAUGUUAAUCUCAUAAUUAAGUGCAAAAUCUAAAACAACAACAAUAAAAAGAAACUAAAGAGUAAUAAAAAAUAGAAGAAAAAUAAAAAGACUAAUAAGAGUCAAAAUAGCAAUAAUCAAAUCAAGAGAAAAAGAAUAAGACUAAAGAAAUAGCAAGAAAAAAGAUCAAAAAAUAAGUAAAGAAAGAUUGA